UAGGGUUAUGUGGGUGCAAUACUGACGACAGUUCAGGUCAGUUCAGUUCAGGUUAGUUUGCGAAUAGAGGAGGUAGCUUUAUCAAAGUUUGUGUCGAUUUCCACAUCCCAGGUUCCAGCAGGCGAUAAUUUUAGUCAGAAAACGCUCCUCGAGCGUGGGUCGGAAUCUGUGCUCGGUGUGACCCAUGUUAAGUGUCAUCAGGAACACUGACGACAGGCUCAAUUAACAUCACACAUCUGAUGACGGAAUUAUCAAGAAACAUGCCUUCGAUAUGCUCGUAAAUAAGCUGAACGAAUUCAUGCAGAUUCGUCGUUUAAUCGUGAAAGAUGUGCGUCGACAGAGUUUGAGUUUCACCAUACGAUGCAAUCCAUUUAUUGGACUGGAAGGCUGUUGUCUCGGGCGAUAUGGAACGGCAUAUCAAAUUACACAGCGUGCACCGAUCCUAACGUGAAUAAGCACCGCGAGGCAUCGUUCGUUUCUGCGGUAUGUGGUUUCCCCAAAGACUUCACACGAGGACGAGUGCGCAAAGGUCAAUUCGGUGACGAUGCCUGGUUCAGUGCCAAAUUCAAGGCUGCUGAAGUUAUAGGUGUAGCAGAUGGUGUAGGUGGUUGGAGACACUAUGGUAUCGACCCAGGAGAGUUUUCUAGUUUUUUAAUGAGAACUUGCGAAAGGCUAGUCUCAAUGGGCAGGUUCACACCUUCGGAACCAGCUGGCUUAUUAGCACGUAGUUACUAUGAAUUGUUAGAAAACAAACAACCCAUUUUAGGUAGCAGCACUGCGUGCGUUAUAGUUCUCAAUAAAGACACCAGCAGCAUUUAUGCAGCUAAUAUUGGCGAUAGUGGUUUCGUAGUUGUAAGAAAGGGAGAAGUAGUUCAUCGUUCCUCUGAACAACAACACUAUUUUAACACUCCGUUCCAGUUGUCCCUGCCACCUCCUGGGCACUCUGGUCUGGUACUCAGUGACAGUCCAGAAUCCGCGGAUACUUCUAGUUUUGGUGUUGAAGAUGGAGAUGUCAUUCUUUUGGCAACAGAUGGGGUGUUUGACAAUGUCCCUGACCAAUUGCUCAUCACUGAAAUGCGAAAAGUUCAAGGGGAACGAGACCCCACCAAAAUACAAGGAGUCGCAAAUUCGAUAGCCUGGAUGGCACGUAGCUUAGCCUUCGAUGGCGCAUUUAUGUCUCCAUUCGCCCAAAGUGCUAGAGAGAAUGGAAUUGACACUAUAGGUGGUAAACCAGAUGACAUUACAGUGCUUCUAGCAACGGUGGCAAUAUAAUAAAUAUGUACAAUAGAGUCUUGAUCAUUGUAUUAUAGUCCAUGUCAUUGCGUAUAUGUACCUAGUUAUACAUCAUUAUAUCCUGUUAUGAUAAUCAUUUACUAUUUAAAUCAAAUAAAUGGUUUUGUAAAUCA